CACACUUCUUUUCACUUUUUGUUUCUUUCCUUUUUCACUAUUAUACUUUUAUAUAUCAAUGUCAGGUUAUGACCGUGCUUUGACCGUCUUCUCACCAGAUGGACACUUAUUUCAAGUAGAAUAUGCUUCAGAAGCUGUUCGUAAAGGAACCUGUGCGGUUGGCGUUCGUGGUCAAAACGCAGUCGUUUUAGGUGUAGAAAAGAAAUCAGCUUUAAAACUUCAAGAUCCUAGAACAGUACGUAAAAUUGCAAUGUUGGAUGACCAUAUUUGUAUGGCUUUUGCAGGACUUACAGCAGAUGCUCGUGUAUUGAUCAACAAGGCACGCACGGAAUGUCAAAGUCAUCGGUUAACAGUGGAAGAUCCUGCAUCCGUUGAAUAUAUCACUCGUUAUAUCGCCCAAGUACAACAAAAGUAUACUCAAAGUGGAGGUGUCAGACCUUUUGGUAUUUCUGCUUUAAUAAUUGGUUUUGAUAACAAGGAACCUAAAUUGUAUAUGACCGAACCUUCUGGUAUAUAUACUGCUUGGAAGGCUAAUGCUAUUGGAAGAAGUUCAAAGACUGUUCGAGAAUUCUUGGAAAAGAAUUACAAUGAUGAUAUGGAUGAAAAACAUGCCAUCAAGCUCACUGUCAAAUCAUUACUUGAAGUGGUCCAAACAGGUGCCAAAAACAUUGAAAUCGCUGUCAUGACUUCAGAUAAUGUGGUUAAGAUCUUGGAUUUGGCAGAAGUAGAAGCCGUUGUAGCAGAAAUUGAAAAAGAAAAGGAAGAAGAGGCUGAAAAGAAGAAGAAACCUUUGAGUAGUUCAUCAACAUGACCUCUUUUUUGUUUUUCUUCGAUAAUGUAGAUCCUUUUCUUAUAACAGUGAUGAUUAUAUUUUCAAUUCAAUAAAGAAAUCUUGAAACGUGUACUGAAGAAAAUGUCACAGAAGCUAACCGAGUGUCUGGAUAAAUGCUACACACUGACGAUCCUACGCACCCUUUUCUAUGUUAAUCCUCAGAGAUACCAUCUUGAUCCUUGUCACUUAGAUGGUAAAAAAAAAAAUGAGUGAUAUAAAAUUAUUGUUGUGAUACAUUUUAUCUAAACGAGACAAA